AUGGCGGUUACAAACAGAAUUCCCGAAGCCUUAGAAUCCUGGAGGGGUGAAAAGAAGUACAGGGGACAUCUAAGAUAAGUAUGGCUCGUUUUCUACUAGUGCCAGAGGCAGGACAGACUCUUGUUCGAGUGGCCAGCUUCUCCGACAAAGUUUUCACGUUACGAUCACCUCUCCCUGUUGCUGAAUACCAUACCGUCAGCGGUGUAAGUGGCAGUGCUACUCCUACAGAAAUUGAGGGUAGUCCAUCAGCAACUAACCAUCCAUACUGCUCAGUUAUAGACAGAAAUAUUAAGGAUGACAAGCAGGAAAGUACAGAAAGAAAGAAUAGAAGGGCAAAAGUUAUCCAGCCAGGUUCAGAUGGGCUUUCAGAGGAGCAGAAAAGGCAAUUUUCCCUACUGAUAGACCAAUAUGAGGGCAUAUUUCCAAUUAACAAUUCUGAUUUAGGAUAA